CAUCCACCGCGCCUCAUAGGCUGGCGAUUGAUUCAUAUUAGGCGGAUUCCGUGGCGUCAGCCACGCGGCCAGGAGAUCGGAGGGCUCGGACGCGGUAUCAGUAUGCACAGUUCAGGUAGCGACGAAGAAUCGAGGCACCCUCCUCGUCAACAUACAGGGUGACACCGGCGUCAACCUACCGAUAUGGUUAGCAGAUCAUGUCUGGUAGCUACCCGAAUCCCAACAAACAACGCCAGUUGUGUCAUAGCCACAAUCUGUUGACACAAGCAACUCUCAGGAGACACCCAGAAUGUCUGCUAUUGCGGGGCUUUCUAUUUGUUAAUCCCGCUCGAAAUCUGAAUCGGACGUCUGCGGACAUCACCACCAUGGCUGAUGUAGGCUUCGUCAGCCAUGCCGCGAUCGAGGACUGGAUCAUUGCGGGAGUCUCGGCGUUAGCAACGCGGCUCCUCACCGCUAUCACUCAGCUCGAGCUGUGUGCUUACUCUGCCGAUCUCAGCGUUCAGUAUCGUGUAAUACGAUCUGAUCUCAAUAUGCAGCGUCCUACGGCCGCCGGCAUGAAGACGCAGUUGAAGGAUAUUCUCGUCGUGCCAACGUGUCAACCUGGGGCUUUGUGGAUGGGGCGAUCAAGAGAGGGAGAAGGGCGGCGAGGGAUUUAGGAAGGUUUCUUGAAUCUGAUUCCCAUUCAGCGCGCCUGACGCUGCCCAAAGCAGCGCAUCGCUCAACACCAACACCGACGGCGUCACCUUACCCCAUUUAGAAGUCCCCGUCUCCGCGCUGGUAACCGAACCCGAUUGAGAAUUGACGGAGAGAUGA